GAAUGAGGAAAUGUGGGUUUUCUGAUGCACAAUUUUUUACUGAGGUUUUCUGAUAAUGUGAAAAGGUUGGGAAGUCAUUUUGGGUGGGUUUAUGGUUUAAACAAAUUGAAUUAGUGAAUUUAAUUUGAAGAUGAUGGAUGGGAGACGACAUUCAGUUGACCUUCCCAUAUCGAAAACAUUGAUAGCUCUUCGAAGAGUUAGAUCACUUAGAGACCCUGACACUAACUCACUAAGUAGGUUAUCUAAUUUUGUUGACAAUUUGAAUUGGGAAAUUAAUUCGACUAAUGGCAUUGUUCUUGAACAAGCAAAUAAUUUUCCCCGUGAAACCAAUACUUUUGAAAUGAAUGAUUUGGGGUUGCUUAGGGAGAGUGAUGAUCAUGAUGUUAAUUGGGAGAUGCAUCAUGGUCAAGCUACACAUAAGUCUAAGUUGGGAUUGUCUAGGAAAACUAAUAAGUCAGGUUUACUUGAAACGAAAGAAGUGGCUGUCUGUGAGGAUAGAUCACUGAGUAAAAGAUAUUGUGAUAAUUACAAUGACCUACCUUGCAUGAUGCCGACGAGGGAUUAUAUGGAGGGUGGAGGUUCAUAUAACGAACCAAUGGAGGUAUUCCUAGAGGCAGAAAGACACAAUCAUACUGGAUUUAAAAGAAGAUCUCGGCAAAGGAAACAUUAUAAAUCAUCUAAAGUUGUAGGAGGUGAUAUCCUGAGUUGUGUUAGCAGUCCAUGCUUAUCCAUGAGUGAUGCUUCAUUUGGAGGGUCCAGUUCCGGGAUACCAUUAUGUGAAAAUAAUGAUAAUGAUCAUCAAGAUAUAGAGCAUGAAGAUACGGAUUAUGGAGGAUGUGGUAUUGGUUCCUGUUGGUCAAGUACUCCUAGAUUUCAGGACAUUGGUGUAUCUAAACACUAUGGUAGUGAAACCACUCCAUUCUCAGAAAGUCCUAAGUGUCUCAGUCAGAAAUAUUGCCCGAAAUCGUUUGAUGAAUUGGUGGGACAAAAUGUGGUGUCAAAAUCCCUUUUGAGUUCAAUUUUGGGUCAAAAAGUUACUUCUUUUUAUCUCUUUCAUGGCCCCCGUGGAACCGGUAAAACAUCUGCUGCAAGAAUUUUUGCUGCUGCUUUAAAUUGUUUAUCGGCUGAGGAGAACAGACCAUGCGGUAAUUGUCAAGAAUGCACGUUGUUCUUUGCGGGGAGAAGUCGGGAUGUUAAGGAGGUAGAUUCAGUUAGUAUGAAUCAAUCUGAAAAUCUUAGAUACCUUUUAAAGAGUGCCAUGCUCCCACCAGUUUCCUCCCGUUUCAAAGUUUUCAUCAUCGAUGAGUGCCAGCUAAUGCACGGGUCAUCAUGGUCAGCUCUCAUGAAUAGCCUUGAGGAAAUGUCGCGCCACAUUGUUUUUGUAAUGAUCGCUCCUGACCUUAGCAAGCUGCCACGUGGUGUGAUAUCCAUGUCUCAAGGAUUCCAUUUUUCAAAGAUUCACGAAGCAGAUAUUGUUUGCAGACUGAAGAAAAUUUGUUUUGACGAAGGGUUUGAAUAUGACCAGGAUGCUUUAGAUUUCAUUGCUACAAGAUCUAACGGAUCCCUUCGAGAUGCAGAAAUGACUCUAGAACAAUUUAGUUUACUCGGGAGAAGAAUUACCUUGUCUCUGACCUAUGAACUAAUUGGUAUUGUUUCUGAUGAAGAGUUGUUUGAGCUACUGGCUAUGGCUAUGUCGUCCGACACUUCAAAUACAGUUAAACGGGCCCGUGAGCUUAUGAGAUCAAGAAUUGAUCCUAUGCAACUAAUAUCACAGCUGGCAAAUCUUAUUAUGGAUAUUCUUGCUGGGAAAUUUCAGGAAGGUGCUUCUGAGGUUAAAAGACAAUUCUUCGAACGGCAUACUUCUGAAGCUGAUUUGCAGCAACUUAAUAACGCCCUGAAGAUACUAUCUGAAACUGAGAAACAACUGAGAGCAUCUAAGAACCAGACAACAUGGCUCACUGUUGCUUUAUUACAGUUGAGCUCUGGACCAUCCUUUAAUGCAAACGAUUCAAGUUUAUGUGUAAGAUCAGUACAACCAAGAGCUAGUGUUGACCACAAUAGCGGAUGUGAAUUGGAAAAACUUACUGAUAAAGUGGCGCUGGAGUCAAUAUGGAGCAGAACUACAGAAAUCUGCAAGUCCAUUUCACUCAGCAGUUUCCUUCGAAGACAUGGGCAUUUGACUUCUGUUUGUUUUCAUCAAGGACUGGCUGUAGUCGAACUCAAGUUCCAGCAUAAAAGUUAUGUAUCAAAAGCUGAGAAGUCAUGGAAACCAAUAGCAAGUGCAUUACAGGCUGCGUUGGGGUGUAAUGUUGAGAUCAGGAUCUGUCAAUCAGAUUAUGCAAACAUUAAGAAAUUCUCAUUUAGGCUCUUCACUUGUGCUCGUCGAAACAAGCUUUCCAACCAGAAUGCCACCAGUUUAUCAGAAAAUGUUAAUGAUAUCUCUGAUGGUGGGUCCUCUUGUUCGUAUCUUUGUUGUCACAAAAAAGAACAAGCAAGAACGAUAAGAAAUAGUGAUGGAAAUGCAUUAAGUGUUGCCUAUUCUGUUCAAGAACCAGGGAAGCAGUCAUGUUGUUGGCCUAAUAGUGUGAAACAUCAUAAAAAGAUUAGUUCAUUAGAUACAUCAGCAAGUGAAGCAGACAACACUCUUGCUCUGCCCAUUUCGGAAAUUACAACUUCUAGAGCUUGCUCCUGCGCUGAUGAUACUUAUGUCAUGUGUGGCUUGUGCAAAAAGUUUAGUUGUUGCUGCAAUGUGGUUGAAAGGCAGAAAAAGGACACAAAAGUGCAUUGUUGGAAAUCUCCCAUGUAUCCUUUGAAGAAGGCUUGGCAGCUGAGGGUUCGACAACAGGGUGCAUAGUUGGUGGUACAGGCACGACCAUGCGCUAGCCUUAAAUGUGAUUUGAUGCUCGAGGCAGCGGCUAAGGUCUAGGGACAUACUUUUGUUAGUAUAGCCAGGUUAUAAAGUCGCUUGUCGUGUAAGUAUGAAAGUUAGCAUACAAGAAUUCAUGAUAGAUCCAAGUGUUGUGCAAAUUAUCAUGCUACUUGUUUCAACAUAUGUGCUGUUUAAGGAUCAAUGAAAGAACAUGAUUCAUGAA